AUGGACUCACCACGGACCAAGCAUGCUGUGCGAGAGGUCGUACGCAACAAGCGCUUUGUGGUUGGUGUGGAGGCAGUCCGCACGGCCAGCGCCGCGGCACGCUUGAAGCUAACAGACAUCAUGGCAGAACUGAUUGAAGCGAAAUCGCAAUGUUCGCGCGAAAUAUACCACAAGAUCUUCUUCCACACUACCAAGUCAGUUGCGCGCAUGAUGCAAGGGCUGCCGUCGCCGCCGCCACCAUCAACGCGGACAACGUUGCCACCGUCGUUGAACAUCCAGACUAGCCACCUCCGCUUCCUACAGGACCCGAAGGUCGAUCAACAUCACGGGACUUUGGAACACACGCUUGCGCAUGGCGUUUGGAUCUACGUGGACCACAGCACCAGUGGCACUGUCUUGAACCACACACAUCGACUGCACCACGACGCAGCCAUUGUCCGCGACGGCGAUCAUUUCCUGGUCGGUCGGACUUCAUUUGUCGUGCAUUGGCAUGCUCCAAGCGUCUCCACCAAGCGAGAGCCUGCCAUGCACAUGCCAUCGACGCCACCGCCGCGCCGCCUCGUUCGGAAAGCAUCAGUGCCCAUGCUCGUGCCAGCAUAUACGAACUCACCCAUUCCAAAGCACAAGCAGCAGCAGCAGCCACCCCAACCGCACGACACCCCUCCUUCCACCAGGGCGGGAGCAUUACCUUUUGAUGUGGCGCCGCCGUCGCCAUUGCCACAAUCGCAAUCAUCCCUCUCACGUGGCCCACGACCUACUCCUCUUACGCCGCCUCCGAAACGCGACAACUUGAGGAUUCAAAUUUCCAAGAAAAUGGCGAAUCGCAUCAUUCACAUGGCACUUCCGUUCCCGCCAGAAGUCGUCAUGUCACCGGUGCCUCAAGCAGAACUGCGACACCGUCAGCAGCAAUUACAGAUGCAACUGGAUCAAAAGGCCACCGAAGAUGCGUGGCUGCAUGAGCAGCAACAGGCAUUCCGACUGCAAUCUGCCGCGCCUUCGUCAGGGCAAGCAGCGAGACGGCAAAGCUUCACAUUGGACCUUGUCGAUCGACGACCAAAUGACAUGCCGCAGAAACUCCACCAGCAACGACACAGGGACGACGACGACGAAUGGGAUCAAGACGUGGACGUGACCUCUAGCGUCAGCAGCAGCGUACAGACUCAAAUCGCGCGGUUCCGCGACUCGAUGGAGAUAUGUUCGUCAUGUUCGUCAGAUGGAGCAGAUGAUGGCGACCGUGCCGAGAUGCCGACAACGCCGCCGCCGCCUUCGUCGUUGUUUCGAUCGCGGGAUGUUGCGGCACAUCUCCGCCAGUCCUUUGACAUACAGCGCUUGAAUACUGCAACCCCACCCACACGCCGACCAAACCCUCCACCGGAAGACGACGACAGCCGAGGCGUACGACUCAAGCGCGCGCACCUGGUCAAGACGGCGCCGAUGGCGCGGUCGUCCUUCCACAUGACUACGGCCCUGCAUUCGCCGUACAAGACUGCCAAGCACGCAAGCACGUUCAUCGAGUCGGUGGCGAGCCCGACGCACUUUGACUAUACCUCGUUGUAA